GCUGUUAAGAGCCGCAAUCCCCAGCCUUGUUUCGUUCGUUUGCUAUUAUUAUCACCAUUCUGCGUGUUUUAGUAUCAGUGAAUUGUGCUUCUGAUUUUCAUUUAAUUAUUCGUUUCCUUGUAAGUCAUGCCUCCACGAAAACAGACCCCUAAAAAGGCGUCGUCUCAAACCGGAGGCGGGGGACCAAAGAAGCCGGCCGAGACGAAAGAGGAGUUUGAACGGGAACUUAAGCUACUAGCCGGUCAAGCUAAAGAAGAGAGCUGGGCCAAAUGGGCUAUCGGGCAAGGAAUUGUUUAUGUUAAGGCCGCGGCCCUCAUCAUCCUCAUGGCCGUCUUCGCUAAUGUUUCCGUCCUGACGCUUUCGCCUGUCUACGGCCAAAUCCCCGCGACGAGGCUGCACGAGAGAGUAGUAUGGGCAGCUUUAUUUGUAGGAUGGGGGGCCAACGUCGUCCUAAGACGCGUCUUACCUGUUAGAACAAUUACUCUACUGCCCCUGGUAGCCGCAUACAUCCCCAUGGAGCAGUUUUUCCUCUUUCGGGCGAGUGAUACCUUUGGUGCAAAUCUGGGUCCAGCUAUCACCGAAGCUCUCACACUAUUCCCGCUCGUCGUGCUCAGUACGGCCUGUAUAGCAGAUGUUCUCGAAAACGCUGACCUGAGCAAGCUGCCAAAUUCAAUUGCUGGCUCCAUCCCAGGUCUCACCUCCUAUGCGGUUUUCAAGUUGGUUGAAAAGGAAACGUUUCAGCAACUGUUUACGCAGAUUGGAAAAUCACUGCCUCAGACACGUGUGUGUUUAGAAUUGGUGCUAGCUGCGACUUACAGUGUCAUGGCCCGGUCGAAGUACCUCGUGUGGGCCAUCCCAGCAAUCCUGCAUGCGGGCUUUUAUAAUACUCAUCUUUUGACUCCGUCCGCUACGAAGUCACUUAACACGACCCUCCAGGCUAGUGGGUGGUCGUUGGUUGAUCGAUGGGAGUCUAACACUGGGUACAUUUCGGUCCUUGAUAACCAUAACGAUGGGUACCGAGCCAUGAGAUGUGACCACAGUCUACUUGGUGGCGAGUGGACCAAGUUUGGCCGCAAAAUCGUCGCAGAACCCAUAUACAGUGUCUUUACCCAACUUGAAGCAGUACGUCUCAUUGAAAACCCGAAGAAAGUACCUGACAAUGAAGCGAAAGCUCUAAAUAUUGGCCUUGGAAUUGGAACUACGCCGUCGGCCUUAAUAGCUCAUGGCAUAGAUACAACCAUUGUAGAAAUUGAUCCAGUGGUAUAUGACUUUGCCAAGAAAUACUUCGGGUUACCCCUGAACCACACAGGUGUAAUCCAAGACGCAAUCUCUUGGAGCCAGUCUAAUAAGGACAUCCUCCAUGAGUAUUAUGAUUACAUUGUUCACGACGUGUUCACGGGCGGUGCAGAGCCUAUUCCUCUGUUUACCUACGAAUUCUUAUCAGGCUUGAGGCACAUGCUAAAGCCUAACGGAGUGAUAGCCAUCAACUAUGCUGGCGACUUCACGCUACCUCCGCUUAGCAUCGUCAUGAACACAAUUAAGGAGGUCUUCCCUAAUUGCCGAAUCUUCAGAGAAAACCAGGCGCCUUCUGCGGAGACUCUCGAAGAAUCUGGCCGUGAUUUCGACAACGUUAUCGUCUUCUGCGCCAAGACGGGAGACAAAGUCACCUUCCGAAAACCUACCGAAGCUGAUUACCUCGGUAGUCUGGCUAGGAGGGCGUACCUACUACCCAAGCAUGAGGUAAACGAAUCAGCCUUCUUAAGUUCUGCCGCAGAGGAGGGAAUUCUUAGGGUGAACGAGACCCAGAAGCUGGAGAAGUGGCACGCCCAGAGCGCUCUGGGCCAUUGGGCUGUCAUGAGGACUGUGAUACCGAGCCACAUCUGGGAGAAUUGGUGAGCGUGGUGAUGUUGGUGUAGGCAUCCCAUCACUUUUCCUGCGUUAUAUUACGUCGUACAUAUAUACUACUUGGAUAAUCUUGCCCGUGUAAAUGCUAUGGUAUGUAUAAAUAUUUUCAACUGAGAAUGCAUAUUUUCAAUCUCGAAGUCAAUACGUCCCGUGUUCCGUGCGAUGGGACCAAGUAGGAGGUCAACAACUUCGUUCUUCUGUGAAGAACUUUAACUGAUCUACCUAUGAAGGCCUGUGGCUAUACACACUGAAGGUGGCUGCUAGGAAUGCACAUCCUUCACGAAUGUGUCAUCCGUUAGGGAAAAUUCUAGGUCUUAAUGAUUUAUG